AUGUCCACAACCACCACCACCACCCUCACCCAAGUCCUUUCUACUGCUCCUUCUUCCGAGCCCCAAUACUAUGGAAAGCUCCGCUACAUCCCACAGGGCCAGACACCCACCCCGUCUCCCCACAACUUCCAUCUCCCUGCCAUGGCCGAGUUCGGGGACGUCCGACUCCAACCUCUCAUAGACAUGCGCCCCGUCCCAACCAUCUCCGAACUGCCCAAUGCAAAGGAAGGCACUGCCCAGCUCGACACCCACGGCUUCGCAGCCAUCCGUCACCCGACAACCAUGAAUGCCGCCCCUUACACCCGCGCGAGCUGGAACGACCCCAAACUGCUCAAGGAGCUCUACGUCCCUGAGACGGAAGAAAUGGUCAAACAAGUCACGGGCGCAAAGACCGUCAUCACUGAAGCACUUCUGCUUCGCAGCGCCAUAUGGUCCGAGGCCGACGCCCUCGCGACACAUGCUGGCCACGGGGACCAGAAAGAAGCGGAGCAUCCGCAAGAGAAGUCACCAGAGGAGAAGGAACUCGAACUUGGCUUCCCACAGUUCAUCGGUUUCUCUCCACGACACGGCGGCGCCAGUCCCGCCCCGAAAGUCCAUCUUGACUACGCGCCCAACGGUGCACGGACGCAUUUGAGAAAAUAUCAUCCCACAAUGACUGCCACUGCCCAGCCUAUCAUCGAGGCCGAGGAGAAACUGUUAGCCCAGGGUAAGUCGCUGAGAGAAGAGUACGCGUCCUCGGGCCUGGGACCCCGCUGGGCGCUGUACUCCAUCUGGCGACCCUUGAAACGCGUGCGCCGCGACCCUCUCGCGCUGGGCGACGCACGCACGUUCCUGCAGAGCGACUACGUCCCCGUCGUGGUGAAGACGCCCAACCUCGGCAUCUCCCCGGACUCGAAAGAAACGCACGACACCGAAUCAUACCUUGCCCGAUGGUCCCCGGGCCAGAAAUGGUACUUUAUCAGCCACCAAGAGCCCGAGGAGGUGUUGGUGAUUGGCCUCUUCGACAGCGAUCGGGACAAGGAGACUGUCGCCGCGGGUGGCACCUUGCACUCCAGCGUCGACCUGCCGGGCACCGAGGACGAGGAGCCCAGGGAGAGUCUGGAGUUGAGAUGCCUAGCUAUCUGGUAA